CACCUGCGUUACAGUAACACUCUAAUAUGACAGGAUCUGUUAAUAUGUGUGCGUGAAUGUGGACGUGAUUGUGAUGGAUGCUGAGCGUCGUCUGCUCGUGUUGUACGUGAGCUGCUUCGUAAUCGGCCUUGUCUCCUCCUCAAGUCUCGCCAUCGCUUGGCUCUACUGGGACCCGACGCUCAACUCCUGCAUCAGUGUUAACUGCGGUUGCAUUUUGUACAGCGUGGUUACGUUCAACACGUUUGUAGGAGGUGCGGGCGGACUUUGCCGUUUCGCCGUCUUCGUCCAACUUCCCGUUCUCGCCUGGUCUGCUGUUGCUGCUCUCUAUCAUGCCUAUAGGGUUUAUGUUCCUAAGAAACUUACUGUGAAGAGACGGACGGUUACUUUCCAUGAGGAUGGCUCAAGGAAGAAUCCGAUUCCCACAAGAGAACCGCCAAAGUUUUACAUCUUGGCAGCUUUAGGAGUUGUAGCAGCUGUUUUACUGUUUGCACAAGCUUGGAUCAUUACGGCUGGAUACUUUGCUACGUGUCGAGAGUACAAGAAAAACGUUUCUAGUCAAUUAAAUGCUAACGGCAACCUCGCUCAACUGGUAUUCGAACGAUUGUCAUGUGGAACUGUUUACGACUUUCUGGACUAUCUACAACCAGAUCCUCCGCUUCUGGCCGAGCGGUAUCGUCGGACCUACAACAUCCACUCGGCAUACUAUCUACUGGUGUCCAUCCUAACAUCUUGGCUCGACUGCGGACUGUGGGUCUGCAUCGCUGCCUACAACGUCAUCCUCAGUUGUAAUAAGUUCUAGGGUUACAUAGACUGUAAGGUUGUCAAAUAAGUUAGAUGACUAUCAAUCUUUAAAAAUUUCAGUGAAUUUUAUCCACAAAACAUCAUAGUUACUCCCACUGCUUACACCGUUACACAU